GCGAUUAGGCUUGGCGUUCCACCUUUCCAGGCUUCGCGAUUAACCCAUCACGGGCACGCCGGGGCGCAACCGAGCCCACGAUAGUCGUCGCCCUUAAAUCACCGUCAACAACAACACUAGCAGUGUGAUGGAGGAUGGUGUGGAGGGCGGUGUUAAGGCUGUGUUCUCCCUCUAAACAGCCACCAAUGUCAGUCAUGAUGAUGUCCAGUCAGGUGGCGGCUCCUCGGGUCCUCCACGACCAAGACAACUACCAGUUUUACAUUACUACUGGAACAGAUAAGGCUUACCUUCAAUAUGAUAUUGAUCCAGCAAUAAAAGUUGCAGAUCUUCAGCAUACUUUUGUUCCUGAAGCAUUUAGGGGUCAAGGCUAUGGUAAAAUUCUUGCCAAGGCAGCAUUUGACUACUUUGUUGAAAGUAAUCAGCAUAUGAAACUGACUUGUUGGUAUCUUCAAAAGUACUACAAGGAAAACCCUCUCCCUCAGUAUCAAGAGAAGGUACUGGAUAAGGUGUGAAUCCUCAAUGACGUGCCUUUCCAUUGGCUCUGCGAGACGUUCAGUCGCCCCAAAGUAGACCUCUUUACGUCAGAAUGAAACCAGUGCCUUUCCUCCAACAUGGCUCCAUUUCCCCAAUUGUGAGGCUUUCAUGGUGGAUGCCUUUCGACUUGACUGGAUGAGGUGAAGGAGCACCUAUUCCCCCAGUCCAUCUGUUGCUUCAGGGUCUGUCCACUCUAGAGUCAUACUCGGUGAGUAAUCCUUCUGGCUCUUUGGUGGUCAGCCCAGCCUUGGUGUCUGGCACUUCUUGCUCACUCCAAACCUAAGUAUUUUCGUGUAGCUCUGCUUCUCUAUUGCCAUUUGGCAAGCAGGUGACAGGGUUGUUGGUGCCCUAUCUGCAUCUUUCCUCGCAGCUGCAGUAUUAGUGGCAAAAUGAGUGCCAAGCACCCGUCUCUUCGUUGUCAUUGGUUUCAGUUGGGGUUGUCCUGUCUUUGUCAGCAUCUCAUGCCUAAUACAGUACUUAAAGUAGUAAUCUAGGUCAGAGUAAUGAGGCUAAAAUGCACAUCUUAUUUUAUAUUAUUAUUAUGAAUAGUUAUAAUAAAAUAUUAAUUUUACCAUAGGAAAAUAAACAAGAUGAACAACAGAAUUAAGGGGAAUGAGUAGAAACUAGAAAUAUCUGUACUGUGAAUGAGUCUAGGAUGAAAGUAUUGCACAGUAUUCAUGUACAAAUCACUUUGAGUAGUUGUCAAAUUCAUUUAAUUUCUUAAUUAACUUUAAACCCAUUCAAUGUGCACAUUUUUAUUUGCUUAGUUUAUUACAGUAUUUAAUGUUUAUAAUUCUGGGUAAAUAUUAAAAAAUAUAGGUUAAAAUAAAAACCAUAAAAUGGUUAUACUAUAAUAUAUAUUCAAGGCAAAAGAAAAAACAAAAAACUUAUCUUUGGCUUACAAAACACCUACUAAUAUUCAUCUCAAAAUACAUAAGUUGCAUAUACAGUAAUAUAAAAACCUUAAACAAUGUCUUGAUUCUAACAUUUAAAAUAAGCACAACUGUGUGUGUGUUCUACUGGUCUCCACUUAUUUGAUUAUAAUCUAAGAUUGACCUAAUCCUUUAGAGCACACAAGCAUUUUAAUAUUCAAAACAAACUUAAAUCAUACAGUGCUUAAUUGAAAAUAAAAUACAGGCAAAAAUAAAUUAAAAAUGGUAGCACAAUCAUGAAAAUUUAAAGUUUUAUCAUUUUCAAAUAUAAUUUCAAUUACAAUACCUGGAAGUUCUUGGCACUUUCUUUUGAUAAUUACUUACUGUCAAGAGUUUUGUGAAUACAAAAUAUGUCGCCUGUAUAAAAUGUUUGUAUUGAUAUACAUUAUUUGCAUUUGUGAAAUAGAACACAAACUUAACAGCCAUAAAUAUAUUUACACUUACAAGUUAGGCUGUAGAACUAUAUGCACCG